AUGGCUUUUGUCAAUAAAAUCCACUGCAAUCAAAGACGUUUCCAUAAUGUUUGUUUAUUGUUUUGUUUUGAAUAUUUGACUCUUCAUCGCUCCCACCUGACGUUUGACGGAAUUCAAUCACGUCAGCCCUUGAGAAAUACGAAUUUUAUCUAUCAAGAUGUGAAAAUGUCAGCGGAGACCCCAGAAGAGCCUCCCCGCAGGCCGAGAUUUCGAUUGUUCAUACCGGGGACCCCCACGACCCACAAGCAAGCCGCAAAAGAACGACUCCAGAAAGUCUCCAACACUCCGGCAUCAUCAGAGGCUGAAGAGGACCCUUGCGCUAAGAAAGAGGAGAAGAAAGUCGAAGGGAAGUUCAGGCCCACCGUUGCAGCAGACCCCAGGUUUCAGCAGCAGAAUCAAACUCUGCGAUGUUUCGUGAUGUACACCGACUUCUUCAGAUGUGAGAAGAUCCUCGGAGAAGGCCACGAGGCCUGCAGUUGGUUCAAACGUUGCUACCAGACGAUUUGUCCAAACGACUGGAUCAGUCACUGGGACGACCUCCGCAGCCAGGAUUUAAUGCCCUGGUCCAAGGCGUACUACAAAGCAGCCGCAGAAGCAGAGAAGAGAGAAUCCAACAAAUCGGAAUAA